AUGAUCGGUCAAUGGCCUUACUGCAACUUUACGAUCAGAUUCCUCGUAAGAAUGUUCGUGUGUGCUCUUCUCGUUUCCUUCGCUUAUGUUCAGAUAGCCAAACUUUCGACAUCCAAAUGUACGUUCGAUCUGAUCGUCGAAGUCAUUCCCCCGUUAACCAUUUGCUUUCUUUGGGCGACCAAGUAUAUUACUUGCUGGAUAAAAGAUUUAUUACGACACAUCAAAGACGACUUGAAUUCAAUACAGAUUACCGAGGAACUGAAGAUUAUUCAAAAUUUCGUGGAAAAAGGCAGAAUGUACGGCAUAUUUCUAAUAGUGCUCAUUUACUCAAGCAUCUGCAUGUUUAUUUUAAUUAUCUUUUGGCCGCGCAUCUUCGACAUCAUUAUACCAUUAAACGAAUCACGUCCGUUGCAACAGCCGUUUAAAACUGAAUAUUUUGUCGAUCAAGAGAAAUAUUUUUUUCCAAUCAUAACGCACAUUUUCGUGGUUGCUUUCGUCGGUCUAAAUAUCGGCCUAGCUACUGAUCUGCUUUUCAUCGCCUUCUUGCUGCACGGCUGCGCCAUGUUCACCGUUCUCGAGUAUCGAUUGGAAAAUAUGUUUGAUUCGUUGAUAAAACCAGCUCCAAAUGAUAGCGACGUGCUGUCGUCGAAAGUGGCAAAUUGCGUCGAACGUCACAAAAAUAUCGUUGAAUUUGUUGAAAUGAUUAAUUCAUAUUACACGUCUUCCUGCCUAGUGCAACUCGUGCUCGCGGUACUUAUUCUCACAGUCGUAUUGCUACGCUUAUUCGAGAGAUUGACUUCGAUACACGACGCUGACAUGGCGGAAUUGACCGUAUGCGUGAUUCAUGUUACUGGUCAUUUGUUUGUCGUCUUUCUUAAUAUCUUUCCGGCGCAGAAACUGUUAGAUUGCAGUGAGAGUAUUUUCUUUAAAGUAUAUUGCAGUUGUUGGUAUUGGGUGCCAGUAAAGAUACAAAAAUUGCUGUUAAUGAUAAUGAAAAGAAGUAUAAAACCUUGCGGAAUAACUGCUGCUGGAAGAUGGCGGUCAUCACUUGAGAUGUUCGCAAAAGUAUAUGAAACGGACUUGUUGCGCAUAAAAAACAGAAUGACUUUUUUGUUGCGUUUCGUUUAUUAAAAAUACGUAACAUUCAAGAUCGUGGAAACGUCAUUGUCCUUCUUUAUGGUGCUGUACACCGUUCGACAGUGAGAUGUAAAUAGGCGAUACAUUAUCUCAAACUUGCACGCACACCACAUAUAUUUAAGUAAGUAUAAUAAAAUAGUAUGACAAAAUUAUUGUAAAGUUUCCUCUUUAACUAGAUCAUACAUCUAAAUAAAAGACGACCUAAGCAAAAGAAGAUUACUUGAAAGAUACGUUAAA